AUGGCAACCCAUGAACCCACGUGGAAGGCUGCUGCAAGGGGGCCCCCUGAGGCCCCUCCUCCCUCCCCUGUGACCGGCCUGGACCCCAAGAAGGAAGCAGCAGUGCGGCUGCUUCGGGAGCUGCAGCAGCAGACACAGGGGCCCCACUGGGGGGCUUUUGCAGUGGGCUGGGGCCUGACAGACCCCCAGCCCACCAUCAUACACCAUUUUGCUGCUGCUCAGUCCCAGGUUUACCCCCACCUCGACGCAGGGACUCUUUGGUCCCGCCCGGCGUUUGAAGCAGUCAAGAAGGCAUAUACUGAGGAGCCUCCUCCAGAGGGAGUCGAGCGUGACUUCAUUUACGAGAUGUCGGUACACCUGAAAAACACGCAGCAGCUGCAGCUGCUGCACUCCGAACUCUUCUGCCCCGUACCUCCCGCUGUAGACAAUUAUGAACGAGACCUGCAGCCUUACCCCCCAAACCACGUGAGGCCUACCAAAGUGGCAGGAGCUGAGGCUGCUGCAGCAGCAAACAAGCGGCAGCUGUCUGCUGCUGAGCGCGCAGCAGUUGCUGCAGCAGAUAUCACAGCCAUCAUUCACAAAGACUGCGCAGCUUUCAACAGCGGCAACAGACACGGCCCCAUCCUUUCGCACCAAAUAUUCGACGCCCUUAUCGAUUUCGACGAAGAUCUCAUGAUUAAGAGAGAUUUUUUGUCGGAAAAGUUCACAGCGGAGGAGAAAAUGGUGGAUGGCGGCAAAUACCAAAAGGCUCUUGAGGAGCUAGAAAAGUCCCGGCCCGCCUUUAUAGUCGAGCCGCAGGAUGUCAUGGUGGCCGUCAAGACCCACGCAGGGAGCCACGCUUCGCGGGUGCCUUUGCUGCGCCGUCUGUGGGCGUCUCGGGAGGUUCUGUUGGAGCAGGCGAAGCGGCACCUCGGGGCGGAGCACUACGCGCAUUUGCAAAUGAACAAGGAGGAGUUGAAGCAGCUCACAGAGGCCUACGACACCCUCAGCAUUCGUUUCUUUUCAGACAUUGCUGACCCUUCUUUAGACAUCGAAGUGCUGGACUUGCCAGGAAACCCCGCCCCAGAAGGCAAGCGCGGCCUCUGCGUCCGCCUGCAGGCGCUUCUUAAGGAGUUUCUGGCGGCUCCUGUGGGCCGCCGUUUCCUAGUGGUGACAGACGACGACACGCUGCUGAACUUCAGGCAUCUUUUGGAUCUGCUUUCCCUCACUUUGCAGCCCCCGAUCCCGGCCCGCAGCUUCCUCGCGAACCUCCUUGCAGAUGGCCAGGGCUACAGGGCGUACACGCCGCCCUACAAGCGUCUCGCAGAAGAGAUAAGAGCCCAUUUGCAGAGGCGCGCUGCAGCAGCAGCAGCAGCAGCCGAUCCCGUGGCAGCAGCCACACCGGCCAAGGACAGCCGCUACACUCCCGAACAACUCACGGCGGCCUCACACCUGUACGGCAGGGGAGGCCCGCGGCCUCUGGAAGCCGUCUCGCCGCUGUACUUGGGAGAAAGGUAUGGCUACGGCCUCAGUGGGGGAAGCGGCGCGGGGGGCUACGAGUAUGUGACCAUGGGGGGCGGCAUGGUGGUGGACAGAGCUGCAGCAGCUCUGUUGGUGGAGUGCGUCGACAGCGGCCGCUGUAGCUGCCCCGAAGACGGCACGGCCGAUGACAUGCUGCUGGGGCUGUGGGCGCAUCGCGUGCAGCUGCCGUUGCUGCAUGCAAGAGGAAUGCACCAGGAAAGGCCCGCGGACUACCACCCCCUAUUGGUCGAGGCAACCACGCCGGUGUCUUUCCACCGAAUGCUGCAGUCCGUCAAGGGCACCAAGAAGAUCUUCGACGACUACGUCGACGUCGGAGACUACAGCAACAACCAAUCCAGCAACGGCAGCAGCAGCAGCAGCAAGAGCGGCGGGCUGGACGAACUGAUAGAGGUGGACUGGAUCGACUACGACUGGCACCACGCAGAGGAACACCGGUGGCUAGAAAAGGAAGAACUACACGAACUUGACCAGGAGGAGCCCCUGCUGCCAGAUGGCAUAGGAGAUCUUUUGAACCGAAAAGUGAAAAGAGGCACUAGACCCAUGACGCCUGAGGAGCUGCUGGAGCACGAGGAACUCGAGGAAAUGAAUUCUCUUCACGAUGAACUCUAA